GUUGGAGCAAGAACAUUAGCUCAGACUCAUUGACAAGUAGUGUACCUUGUCUUUAUCCGUUGUUCAAAUAAGUUCGGAUGCAAUAAGCCAUGGCUUGCGUUUAUAAGAAUCCCAACGAGCCCAUUGAAGCUCGUGUGAAGGACCUUCUUUCCCGCUUGACUUUGAAGGAGAAGAUUGGUCAGAUGACCCAAAUUGAGCGCAGUGUUGCUGCCUCUUCUGCAAUUAGAGACCUCUCUAUAGGUAGUAUACUCAGUGCUGGUGGCAGUGCACCAUUUGAAAAUGCACUGUCAUCUGAUUGGGCUGAUAUGGUGGAUGGCUUUCAAAAGUCAGCUCUACAGUCACGACUGGGAAUACCUCUCAUCUAUGGGAUUGAUGCUGUUCAUGGCAAUAAUAAUGUCUAUGGUGCUACCAUAUUUCCUCACAAUGUUGGCCUUGGUGCUACUAGGGACAGUGAUUUAGCUAGAAGAAUUGGAGCUGCUACAGCACUAGAAGUUAAAGCAAGUGGAAUUCACUAUAGUUUUGCUCCAUGUGUGGCAGUCUGCAGAGAUCCUAGAUGGGGAAGAUGCUAUGAGUGUUACAGUGAGGAUACUGAAAUAGUCAGAAAGAUGACUUCCAUUGUCUCAGGUUUGCAAGGCCAGCCACCACAAGGACAUGAACAUGGAUACCCUUUUGUGGCUGGAAGGAACAAUGUUAUUGCAUGUGCCAAACAUUUUGUUGGAGAUGGAGGUACGGAUAAAGGUGCAAAUGAGGGAAAUACUAUAUUAUCUUAUGAAGACUUGGAGAGAAUCCACAUGGCACCUUACUUAGACUGCAUCUCCCAGGGAGUUUCAACCAUUAUGGCCUCCUAUUCUAGCUGGAAUGGACGCCAACUCCAUGCUGACCAUUUUCUUCUGACUGAAAUCUUGAAAAAUAAGCUGGGUUUUAAGGGUUUUGUUAUUUCUGACUGGGAGGGACUCGACCGACUAUGCCAUCCUCGUGGAUCAAAUUAUCGGUACUGCAUCUCUUCUGCCGUCAAUGCUGGGAUUGACAUGGUGAUGGUGGCUUUAAGAUUUGAACUUUUCAUUGAAGAGUUGACCUCUCUGGUUGAAUCAGGGGAAGUACCUCUAAGCAGAAUUGAUGAUGCUGUUGAGCGAAUUUUGAGAGUAAAGUUUGCUGCCGGGCUUUUUGAAUUUCCUCUGAGUGACAGAUCUUUGUUAGAUAUAGUUGGUUGCAAGCCACAUAGAGAUCUAGCACGUGAAGCAGUUCAAAAGUCCUUGGUUCUGUUGAAAAAUGGAAAAGAUCUUAGCAAACCUUUUCUUCCAUUGAGCAAGAAUGCCAAGAGAAUCCUUGUUGCUGGAAAACAUGCUGAUGAUCUUGGAUAUCAAUGUGGAGGUUGGACUAAAACUUGGUACGGAUGUAGUGGCCGGAUCACCAUUGGGACAACAAUUUUGGAUGCUGUGAAGGCAACUGUGGGAGCUGAAACAGAAGUUAUAUAUGAGAAAUAUCCGUCGAAGGACACGAUAGAGCAUAAUGAAUUCUCUUUUGCAAUUGUAGCUGUUGGUGAAGCUCCAUAUGCAGAGAGUUUGGGUGACAAUUCAGAGCUUGCAAUCCCCUUCAAUGGAGCUGACAUCAUAAGCCUAGUUGCUGAAAGAAUACCAACUCUGGUUGUUCUGAUAUCUGGAAGACCCUUAGUCUUAGAGCCAAGGCUAUUGGAAAAGAUUGAUGCCCUUGUUGCUGCUUGGUUGCCAGGAAGUGAAGGAGAGGGAAUCACAGAUGUUAUCUUUGGCAGUCAUGAUUUCAAAGGUAAACUACCAGUGACUUGGAUCAGAAGAGUUCAACAGCUUGAUCAGCCAACUGAUGGGGUCAAUUCAUGUGAACCAUUGUUUCCUCUUGGUUUUGGGCUGACAUAUAACUAAGACUCUUCCAACCAGCAAUAGACGCGCCUCAGUUAGAACCUUAAGUCUGUUUAGAUACAAUCUUAAAAAGGUUUGUCAGAAUUUUUUUUUAUUGAAAAUAAAGAGUUUUUUUCAAUAGAAAAGUUUUCAAAAAAUACUUUAAACUUAUAUUGAAACAAACUCUACUAGUUGCCUCAAGACUCAAAGAGAAUUUACAUGAAUAAGUGCUAAAGUUCUCUAUAGCCAAGGGCUUAAUAAAAGUAAAUUCUCAAUAAUGCUUGGCUUCCAUACAGUUAAUCUCCUGGGUUCAGUUGAGAUUGUUAGAAAAUUGUGUGAAGCUUGUAUAUUUGAAACUUACUUUAGAGCUUGCAAUAUACCAACCAUAAUCAAUUUGUCCCUUCCCA